UGGAGGUGAGAAGGGCCGGCCACUCCCCCCGCUGGGUGACCAGAGAGACCCUUCCUGUGCGUCGUGACAAACGGAGGCUGGCCUGAUGGACGCUUCAUUUCCCUCCUGGUCAGUGUUAGGCAAUAGUGUUUCGUGUCUUACGUGCUUUGGUUUUGGGGGGAAGGCUGUAAUAGAUUGUGUGUGACUCGAUCAGUCAAGCUCAGAUUGGAUAUUUGCCAUUCGUAUAGUAUAUGUCCCUCCCCGAGUCGUUGGCUUCUGAUGUGUGUGUGUGUGCAGGAAGUACGGUCGUUUCGCUGCGCUUGCCAGCGCGGACAGUAGUAGUAGCAGAUAGGAGCGGAUAGCCAUCCGAGUUUUUCCGACGAAUUUGUCAGUCUGCAACGGUCAAGAACAGGCUGAAGCUAUUCGAGCAGGGCUCGGACCAGGACGCCAACAUGUCCGGCCGCCCUGCCGUGGCCAACAAGCCUGUGGCCCCUGUGCUACAGAUGUUCAAAAAGAGGCAGGACGAAGCUGCAGCUGGCGGUGGGGCGGAGUCUGGUGAUCAAAGCCCCGCCCAGUCUGCUAAUACAACUUCUAACAAACCUCCUAUACUAGCCAAAGGAAGCACUUUGGGAGGAGGAGCAGGGGCUACAGCUCCGAAGACUCCUCCCAAAUGGGGCUUGGCAGCUGCGGGUCAGCAGAAGUCUGACGUGAACCAAAACGUGGUGCCCGCUCAAGCUGUGAAUAAAACUGGCAAUAAGGCUGCUGGCUCUUCUGCAACACAUCAAAAUCCGACUAAAGUCACGAACAAUGGGGUGGCUAAGUUUGGCGCGGCCACCAACAACGGAAUUUCGAAAGUGACGCUAAAACCUGCUGUCGGUGGGUCUUCUUCUUUAUCAUCAUCGUCUUCGUCGUCGUCAACAUCGGCAUCAUCUACUCCUGCACCUUUGUCGUCAUCCUCAGCCGUUUCAAGUCUACGGCCAACAACUCCUCCAAAACCAGGACCUAAAAGUCCUGGGUCUUCCGCAAACGAAGCAGCCUCCAAGACGAAUAAGUCUCCAGGGGUGGGCGUGGCUCUGAAACCCCCAAGUUUUCCCAAACCCCAAGUUACAAACAAAAGUUCCACUUCCUCAUCCACGUCGUCGUCCUCCUCUACGACGGCACAGAGUCCCACAGAAAGUCGUGUUCCUCCUCUCCCUACGUCACCCUCACAAAAGUCGUCUGCCGCUUCCAAUGAUGGCGACACUCCAGACAGUUCAUCCGCUAUAGACCAGAGAAGGCCUUCGAAGUUCGCUGCUCUACGCCAGGGGUUUGAAGCUAACAACAGCAGCAGCAGCAGCUCCUCUUCCACCAAACCAACUGUUUCUUCCCAGAAUGCCACAAAGGGUGUUGCUGCAGAUAAUCAUGUAAAGCAGCCUCUAAGUUUGCCAAGUUCGCCCACAUCCAAGGACUCCAGUAUUACCUUACGGAACAAUUCGACCAACUCUGAUGCCGCGAAACAGCAGCGUACCAGCAGCAUCAUUGUUGAGAGGAGGAAGGACGGCAAAAGGUUUAAGAAAGUCAAGCUAAGGGAAUUGCCUCCCGAGGAGAAAGUGGUGGACAAACCUGAGGUGCCUACUGAUGUAGAUCUGAGUGCAAUACAGGGGCAUUACCAGAGUGCCAUCAAAGAGUUUCAGAAAGAGUCAGAUGCCGCCAAUGCAGUCUCUCCUGAUGAGGAAGAUGAUGCAGAUAUCUAUGACGAUUGUUUCUCAGUCGAGCAUAGGAUGUUACCCAGGAAGUCAACAUUCAGGAAGCAGUCGGAACGCAUUUCCCUCAUUCCAGAGAUGGGUCCUGAGGAAGAGGGACUUGAAGAAGACGAUGGGCUUGUGUAUGAUGAUGGGAUGACGCCCAUGCCAGGAGAGGAUAUUUAUGAUGAUGCCAUGACCGUGAAGCCACCGGAUGAGGAUGACGGAGAUGUUUAUGAAGAUGAGGAGAGUCUUGCUUUGGCAAAGGUUGUAAUUCAAGAAGAAGAAGAGGAAGAGUCGGAACAAGACAGAAAGAAACGGCUGAAGAAAGAAGAGGAGGCAAGAAAAAAGGAAGAAAAGGAACGAAAAGAAAGAGAAAGGGAAGAAGAAAGGAAAAGAAAGAAAGAGGAAAAGGAAAGGCAAAACAAAGAGAAGGAAGAAAAACGACUGAGAGACCGAUUUAAGCUGACAGGUGAUGAGAUAUCUGUGGGAGAGGGCGUCAUCAUGCAGGAUGCAAAGGGCAAAGGUGACAACCUGACGGUCAAGAAGGGUCAGAUGGUCAACAUCAUUCGCAUGGACCAGAACCCCGUCAACAAAUGGCUGGUCAAGAUAGAAAACACAAUAGGCUAUGUAGACAGCUCCAUUAUCGAAGUGAACGCUGCCAACAUUAAACAAACCAUGGUCAAGGACAGAAAGACAUCCUCAGCUUCGUUAGGAUCUACAGAAGAGCUUGAUGGUCAAACGUAUGAUCUUGUGCCUACAGAGGACGAUGGUGAUAUCUACGAGCCGCUGGACUGAGUAAGACUGACGUCUUUCCACAAAGAUCAUUAGUUCCUUCCCCUGAUGUGAGGACAUAAAUUUUCCUGAAGCGGAUCCAUCGACUUGUUUGAAUCUUUAUCAGUUUUCGGUUGAUUAAAAGAUAUAUAUUCUUUCACCCUCUUUCCUAAAACUUUUGUUAAAGUUGAAGAGGACAGUUUGGGCAUGAAUGAGUCAGCAGUAUUUCUGUGUGAGUCGUACUUGAUUUUGGUCCAGAGAAAUUAAAACAUCUUCCGUUCCCAUGAGAAUUUGAUGCGACUGGAAUUGAAUGUUCAGUUGCAUUAGAGAGAGAGUGAUGAAUUUCUUAUUGUGACUACUUCAUUCUUUUUAUAAACAAUGACUGCACUCUUGUCUUUCUUCCAGAUUGUUGAAAUAAUCCUUUUUCUGAGCUUUUUGUUAUUUUUAUUUUGUAUCACAUCAUAUCAUAAUGCUUUCUAGACUUGUUAAAGACUCGCUGAUCAUACUGAGCUUCCUUAAUCAUACCGGGCAGGUGUUCAGUAUUCAUGAGUUCAUGAAGGGUAAAAAACACACACACACACAUACAUUUUGCUAAAAUUGUUUUGUAAAAUUGUUAAUUCUUUUUGCCUACAACACUGCAAGUUUGCUGCACUGACGAC